UCCUGACGAAAACUUAAAAAUGCCGCCGCAGCGCAACCCGAAUCGAUAUUCGCCAACGUAGUCACGUGACUGAGACUCGAGUGCUGGCAGCCAAUCGGGAUUUUGCUAGAAUGAAGUUUGCUCUCCUUCUAUAACAGAGCGACGACACGACAUCUAACUUUAGGUAACUGGAACAACAGUUCGCGACUGGCAGCGCACCGGUUUAUGUUUUGGCAAUGUGUCUCGUUUUGAAGCCAGUAAGCCAGUUACGCGAGUGGUUUUGUGACACGUUUAACCGUUAAGGCAGUGAAUACAAAGACAAUAUCACAAUAUCAGAGUGUGGAAAAGAAUAAAUUUGGCGCUUGACAUAAUUUGUUCAUAAUUUGUUUUUACCUGAAAAGGAGAUAACGGCGGUGUGCGUGUGAGUAUCGCUGAUACUCGUAUCGCGUCUAAGAAAAAGUAAUAACUGGGGUAAAGAGAGCAGAAUCGAAAAGAAAUCAACGAUCGCAAGCGAGAAAAAGUUCAGAAUAACGAGGGGAAGUGCUGGUGGGGUGAUACAAACAUCGAAGAAAGAGAAAGAAAAAUUUACUACACAUUGUACGCACGACACGCACGACGUACGCGUAUGCACACAUAUAUAGAUACGCGCGCUUGCGGGCGCGCUUACAGAUACAGAUACGUAAUAAAGUUAUAUACACGGGCAGUCAAGCACACGCACGCACACGCGCGCGCGCGUGCGCGCGUGUGUGUAUGUACUCUAUAGUAGAUGAAUAUAUACACGUAUUUGUACAUAUAUAGAAAGAGAAGAAGAAGAGAAGGACGGUGUGAGGGAGGUUAAAGGAGGGAGCUUGGGGAAGGAGCGAGGGAACGAGCGAGUAAGGGAGAGAAAUAUAGAGAACAAGAAAGAAGGAAGAAAGCGAAACGCGUGGAAGAAGGGAAAUAGGAAUCGAAAAAUACGGUAGUGUUACAUGUGAUAUGCGGUGUUUCGCGAGUGCUAAGCGAUCCGCGUGGGACAGAAAAUCGUAAAGCAAAACAAUCGACGAACUUUCUCCCUUUUGUUUCGUUUUGUUAGUUAGAAUGGGUUUAUCGUUGCUGAUAAAUUUAAUCAAACGAUCGGUACGACAGAAAAGUAAACUGUUCAAGACUGAUUAUUGCCGAUCUCGAAUUAAUAUUUAGACAAAAGAAUUGAAGAUUGUACUUGAAAUAUGAAUCGUGCAUGGUACAAGAUCGUUGAGUGUGAGGAAGAAGGAGAAUAGCGGUGCAUGGAAGAAAGGAAAAGCGAGAGUCAGAGGUGUGAAGAGAUGAUUCCAUAAAGACGGACUGGAGGAUAUUGGGGAAGGGAAGGGAAGGGAAGGGAAGGGAAGGGAAGGAAAGGAAAGGAAAGGGAAGGGAAGGGAAGAGAGAGGAAAAGACGGUAAGGCAAAGGAAACGGGAAAGAAGAAACAAAGAGAAGAAAGAAGGAAACGUGCGUGAAAUAAUUGUGAAGGCUCGAAGUUUUUGAAAAACGUGUAUAUGUGUGUGCGCGUGUGUAUAUAUCAGUGGGCAAGAUGGAGGAAAGUCAGCUGUUGAUGACGGAACUUCCGGCAUUGACGCCAAGUCGCGGCACAACGUUGCUUCAUCGUUCAGGACAUUAUUAUCAGUUACACCAGCCGCACCUGGCUGCGAUACCGACGUCGCCGCAGAAUCAGGGGAUUCUUUACAACUCAAGUAACGCGCCGUCACAUUAUACCAGCGGUGCGACGACUGGCCUACCGGUGUACGCGCAAGGUCUUUCGUCGAGGCAACAACCGCAAGUAACUGCUCGUGGUACUGUCACAGUACCGAGCACGCAUAUCUCCUGCCUGUAUCCUGAAAUAUUGGCGCUGAUCUUUAGCUACCUGGAGGUCAGGGAUAAAGGACGCGCUGCCCAAGUAUGUACCGCGUGGAGAGAUGCGGCAUAUUACCGGUCUGUCUGGCGAGGGGUUGAGGCCAGGUUACACCUAAGAAAGCAGGCCCCAGCAUUAUUUGCUAGUCUGGUAAGAAGAGGGGUAAAAAGGGUCCAGGUAUUGUCAUUGCGAAGAGGUCUCGGCGAUGUUUUGAAAGGCGUGCCGAACUUGGAGGCCUUGAAUCUUUCAGGUUGCUAUAAUAUCACCGAUGUAGGCUUAAUCAACGCUUUCUGUCAAGAAUAUGCCACGCUUAUCGAACUGAAUCUUUCACUGUGCAAACAAGUGUCGGAUAUUUCUCUCGGUAGGAUAGUGCAGUAUUUAAAAAAUCUCGAGCAUUUAGAACUCGGUGGUUGCUGUAACAUUACAAACGGAGGACUUCUCUGUAUAGCAUGGAAUUUGAAAAAGUUAAAAAGACUCGAUUUACGAAGCUGUUGGCAAGUAUCUGAUUUGGGUAUCGCUCAUUUGGCUGGUGUAAAUCGAGAAUCAGCCGGGGGAAAUCUCGCGUUGGAGCAUUUGAGUCUUCAAGAUUGUCAACGGUUGAGCGACGAAGCCCUCAGGCACGUGUCGAUCGGUUUAACUACCUUGAAAUCCAUUAACCUUUCGUUUUGUGUGUGCAUCACCGAUUCAGGGUUGAAACAUCUGGCCAAGAUGUCUAGCUUGCGCGAACUGAAUCUUCGAUCCUGCGAUAAUAUCUCCGACAUCGGUAUGGCUUAUCUCGCGGAAGGUGGCAGCAGGAUUUCCUCGUUGGAUGUAUCGUUCUGCGACAAGAUUGGAGAUCAAGCGCUCGUUCACAUUUCCCAAGGAUUGUUUAAUUUAAAAUUACUUUCUCUCUCUGCCUGUCAAAUCAGCGACGAAGGUAUCUGUAAGAUCGCAAAGACCUUGCACGAUCUCGAAACACUGAACAUCGGCCAGUGCAGCAGAUUAACGGAUAAAGGACUCUACACCAUUGCCGAGAGUAUGAAACAUUUGAAAUGUAUCGAUCUUUAUGGAUGCACCAGGAUAAGUACCAACGGUCUAGAGAGGAUUAUGAAGUUGCCGCAAUUGAGUACGUUAAAUCUUGGUCUUUGGCACGUGCGGUGAUGGCUUUUUCUCAACCGUACUACAUGCACUAUUUGCGUCCCUAUAUUCGUACGAGUAUUCGACGAACGUGUUUCCUCGGUGCCUGCGAAACAUCGCCGGAUGCCAUGCCGAUUUUAUACUUGUAUUUCUCCUAAUUAUUUUCUCUUUUAAUUCUUUUUUUUUCCUUUACCAACGUCCCUAACACUUCUUCUCCAUCCCACCCCGCCUACGCCGCGUCUUCUUACGUACUACUUUUUAUACGCUAUCCUAUCAAAUCACUUGUGGACAGUAGUAGCAACAGCAGCAGAUUCCUCGUCUUUUUUUUUUCUUUUUGAUCAUGCGACGAUUGUAUAAGAUGUCUCACACUCAUUUUUUCUUCUUCUCUUGCCAUCCUUGCGUAUCGUGUCAAAGACAAAUUUUCACACUUUUCGAUCAUUAAUGUUACAAAGUGACGAACAGGAUUCGUUAAUCAUCGGUUCCAUAUACAUAUAUACUUUAUUUUUCAGAACAAAAACUUUUUCUCAAAUUUUCAGUGCUUCGUUCAACCCGCACUUACUGCGAUAUCGGUAUAUCAAUAUUCAAUAUAUUUAUAUCAUUGGAAACUAAUUUCAUUUACGAUAAAUACGCAGCAUUUGCGUAUGUUCGAAAACCCAUUCGUUUCUUUAAUCGUACGUUUGUUUCCUUUGUCAUAACCUUAUCGGAAUUAAACGUUGAAGAUUUAAUUACACUCUAGUCUAACGUUUACGCUCUUUUCGUGCUUUCCAAAGCGUUCUGCAUAUGCACGCAAUGGAAAACGCGUAUCGAGCUGUUUCUUUAUUUCUUUAUUCCAUUAUCGUGUCAAGAAAUAUGCUUAUUUUCUUAAAUAUACAUACAUAUGUACAUACAUAUGAACAUACGAAUCUGAUACGUAAAUCUAUGUCUCUUUAAUGAACGAAAUAUCGUAACAAUUUAACCAAGGUGUUAUACUUGAUCGAUUAGAAUCAUUUGCCGCUCUCUCGGUCUCUUUGCAAUGUUUUAUACAUUUUUCAUCUUCUACGUAAACGUAUAUGCAUACCUUACAUAUAUGUAUUUGUAUUUACACGCAUAUACGCAUAUACGCAACAAUACAUGCACGAAGUAGGUAAUCGGUCAAAUAUUUUCUGUUACCAAACGUUUUGUCGUCGUAAUUGCGUAUUGUUUUCGAUUGAUCUCUUUGUACGAACAUUACCAAGUCUUUUACAUAAAAAGACCCAAGUUUCUCAAUUUAUUUCUUAAAUGUAAUUUCACGUAGAUACUUUUUAGUUAAAACCUUGCUAGUUACUCAUUACCAUCUGUUAUUUUUUUUUAUUCAUGUGCCUUCUAUAACGAGAUCGUUGUAUUUGUUAUUUGAGCGAAGAUCUUUUCGUCGAAUCAUCGUAAUUAUCUAACAUAUUACGCAUACCAAAGAAUACGGAGAUUAGAAUAAUACUAUAAUCGCCUGAUUCGUUCGUUUUCAACGUGAUUCGAUUAUUUUAAUAUGAGAUAGUAUGUAGAGACACACUCGUUAUGUUUGCCUGAUUAGCGAAAAUCGUUGCUUUUUUUUCAUAAUAUAAGUUCGAAUUUAGUAUGAUAGUAAGAAAAAUGUUAUCGAAUACGUACGCUUUGCUAGACUUCAGGUUAUAUGAUACGAUUAUUUUGUCUGUACAGAUAUUCCAUAACAUCAAACAUGCUUUUAUUUUAUAUAAAUGAUAUUGAAACAUAUAUCCGUUCCUUAAAAGCAUAUAAAUACAUACAAGCAAAGAGAAGAAAAAGAAACGAGAAAAAGAGGUGAGCGUGAGGAAUGAAAAGGAUUAGUACGUUGUAUUAUAUCUGAUUUAGCAAAUUUUCUGUUAUCGUAGGCAAGAAUUAGGUGAUAUUCUAUAUACGAACUGAAGAAGAUAAAAAUAUUGUGUAGGUAUAAAACAAAGUAUGCAUAUAGCAAUAAACAAAAUCAAAUUUAAUAGCAUAUAAUUUAAUCGUAGCAAUUUCAUUUGUCCAGACAAGUUACAAACAGAAUAUGUAUUAGAAUUAGAAGAAGCAACCUGCGUUGUUAUGUCAAUGUUGAAUUCGAAUGAAAUAGCAUAAUUCGAAUAGCAAAAUUAUUUGUUUCAACGUUUUAUUUGAUCAUGAUAAAUCUAAGUAUAUACGUCCAUAUGUCCAUCUUUUCGGAGGAUGUCAUAUUUCGGAUAAUUUUUGUUUAAAACAUAUAUUGGGGUUUUCCUUUUUAAUUUCUAUAUUGUGCAUUUGCACUUUUUGUUAUUUGUAGUCGGAAGAAAUUACAAUUACUAUUCGCGUAGAUAGCUUAUCGAAAAAGUUAUAACGCAUUUGACUAGGAUUUUUAGAUGCAUUAUCGUUAAGUAUCUUUGUAUUAGUUUUUUAAUAUUAUGUUCGACUAUUAUUGUUAUGGAUAAAGAUAGAUAGUAAAUUCUGAAGAAAGUUAAGUAUUGAUGACGAAGUAAUUAUUAAACAUGACUUUAGCAAGGAUCAUCAUUUGUAUCAGAAAUAUACAAUCUAAUUUUUACUUUUGAUAAUACAUGCACACGAUUUUUAUCUCUUUUAAUGAUUUAUACAACUCUAUUUCUUUACACUCUAAGCAAUUAAUUAUAUAUUUCUUUUCUUUAUUUAUAUAUCCGUGUGUGCAAUAUUUUGUAACUGCCUUGUGCGCAACAUUAAUGUUUCCGUUUUCUGCUUUAUUUGACUUUUUUCUUAAACAUUUUGAUCGAUAGAUCUAAUACAUCUAUGUACGUAUAUAUUUUAGUUCUAUGUUCUUAUACUAAACUAACAUAUAUUUUUGCAUUUAAAAAAUAUAGGUAAUUAAAACGACAAAAAAUGUAGGAAAAAAGGAAGCAGUAAUAUUAGUUGACAUGAAUAUGUUACACAAAUUUGUACAAAUGGCUUCUCAGUCAUGUAUUCGAACAGUAAUAAAAACAAUUCUCAAUAUCAAUGACUUUUUUCAAAGUACUACAUGGGUAUAUGAUAUAUAUUGUAUUUAGAAUGUUAACCAAUAAGAACUUUUUUAUUAAUAAUGUAAUACAAACGAUAAAUAGUUGGUAUUUAUUUGCAGCCAAAAGUAGAACUUUGUUUCGCAUAUAAAUCCAUUCAUGUUUUAAAAUGUGUAAAAUUUAGAAUAGAAAGUGAAUGAUGUUCUAUUAAAAAGAACAUGGUUAAGUUUACAAAUAUAUCCAGCUGAAUUAUGAAAAUAAUUCAACUUAUCUUGUUUUUGGUGUAUCUUGAUGUUUUUCGAAGAUUUCCACCACCGUGAUGGAAUUAGACUUCAUAAAACAUUAUAAAUACAUCUUACAGUAUAAGAAAAGAAUCUUACAUUUUCGAUCAUUAUAAGUAAAUAAAUAAUUUUUCAUGCUUAAUGUGUUCUUAUAAUAAACAAAGAAAACAGCGAAGGAUACUAGAUCUAGAAAGUUAUUUCUGAGAUGAGAUAUCAACUUUCAAUCUUUUUCUUAUUCUAAAUUUUUACAUACUUUUUCAAGUUAUAAUUCUAUUUAAUGAAUUUUAUUUGGUCAGCUAAUAUAAGAAUUGCUUCAAAAACGCUCAUAUCUUCGAUGUGUAAUAAAAAAAAUUUAACGCCCCUUUUUAAGUUCUGUCUUUUCCAAGACAGUAUCUUUUAGUAGUCAUUUUAUAUUUAUAUUUUCAAAAUGUUUUGUCGUAACUCUACACGUUGUUAAAGUAAAAAGAUUGCAUGUAUCUAUAUUUUCCACUAGAAUAUUAUUAAAUAUUUCUAACAAUCGUUCAUAGACACGUUUGUAUUCAGGUACUCAACAUUAAAAUGAAGAAAAUGCUGAAUCUUGAUCAUUCGUUGCUACAUACGUACAUAGCAUGUUUAAAAAAAAAAAACUUAUACAGUUAAUUUGAAAAAUGUUCAUUUACGAUUUUAUCAAUACAUGUGGCACAGAUUUCAAUUUUCAAUGAAUAAAAAUCAACUUAAUUAUGAGCAUAUACUAGCGCUCUUACUAUUGCUCGGAUCUACCGAAUGUGAUACUCGGGUACUCACUGAAUUCACAUCCAGGUAUCCGAAUAUAACUGAGUACUUGGUUACUCGCUCGAUUUAGAUCCGAGUAUCCGAAUACUUGAUUACUUCUGUACCAACAUCCAAAGGGUGGUGUAAUACUUCUGAGGUACAAUGUCUUUUGCCAGAUGAUAAUAAAGCGUUCAUAACAACAACAAUAAUAACAAUAACAAUCCACGAAUGGAUUGGUCAAAAUAAGGACACCUUUCCAACACCGCUGCUAAGAAACUUGCCACAUUCUAAAAAAAGUUAAUAAGAGGAACUCUUUCGGAAUGACGCGAGAAGGUGUCACCCUGAACUUUAUUCAUGCAGGAUCCACUUCGCGCCCCACUCGGACAAAAGUAUGACAGUAUUCGCACCGUUCGAUGUAGAAAGCCGAGAUGAGCUAUGUAUACAUAGACAUAUCAGUUGACAGUUUUCUUCUUCGUUAUCAUUAGCCCACAGACAGUCGUUAUGUAAAACAAUAAAUAAGUUAGUCAUAGCCAUGAGAUAGUUUUCAUUACAGUUACUCGUUAAAAUUGAGAUUGUCUAAGGAAUAAACGAUUUGAAUAAAUGCACGAUGUAAUUAACGAUCACCUUACGUAAUUAUAGGCUAUGAUGUUAGUUUAUAAUUUCUAAGGACGUCUUCUUUGUCUUCCUUGAUGAUUUAGAGCACUGCCUCUUCACAUCCGAUCAUCGCUGGUAGGACAACAGCUGUAGCUGCAUUUACUCUUCGUUUUCUUUGCGGUAUCUUUGUACUUUUGAUUUUGUCCUUGUACGCUUUAUUCAAGUUAUUUUUCUCUUCAUAGCAUACUUUAACGUCCGCUGUAAACCGUAACACGACCUGUAAUGACUGCAUCAGACUGACACAGCUGAUUCAUUACAUUGAUCAGUGGUUCUUUGAAUAUCGUGCACCGUUUAACAGCUUUUUCGAUGAUCAAGUCGCAUACCUCGUUGUGUCUUCUUAUGCUCUACGUCUUAAUGAAUAUAUACAUGCCUAAUAUGUAGUCCUGGUAAACUCUAGGCUUGGACUUCACAUCUUCUGCAUCUGAAGUGAAUACUGUUUCUAACUCUUCUUAGAGCCACCCUUGUCCCAUGGUGGGUCACUGUAAAUCCAUAGAUGCGGCGUACUUCUUAACAAUACUAUAUUAAUAUUACUAAUAUUAAACUUGGUUUCCUUAAGCUAAACUCAAAUAUAUAAGAAAAGCUUCAUAUAUAUUUGAAUAACCAUGAAAAAAACGUUGUACCCGGAUACUCCACUACUCAUGCUUAUAUUUAGGUAGUGCGGAUGGUAAGAGCCCUAGCAUAUAACUUAACUCAUUUUUGUACAAUAUGUUUUGAACAAUACAAUAUUUGAACUUUAAAGAAUUAUUAGUAUUUUGCCUCUAAAACUUUGACUUUUAAAACAGCAUUAAUUGAUAUAUUUUCCGUUAAAUUUUGAUAAUAUUUAAUUUCGUUGGUUUUAAAUCCAGAAUAGUAUAAAUCGCUUAUUCGUAUUUUUGAUAAUUAUAAUUUCCCACAGGGUUUAGAUUGAAAUUUUAUAUUGACUAAUCCAAACUAGAAAGUUGUUGAAUUUUUAGCCAAUUCUGUAUGACUUCUCCGUACUUUUUUCAAUGAACGGUAAUAUAAUUCCAUUCAGAGUACUAGUAUUAUUAUUAGUGUACUAGUAAUACUAGUACAAAGUACUAUUAUUAACUUUUAUCUCAUCAAAUUAGAUAAUUAUAGAUUUUCAAAGUUGUUUUUCUCAAAAUGAAAUAUUUUUUUGAAAGCUUGUUUAUGUUAUGUUAUGUUAUUUCUACUUGCUAUUUCUGACAUCCUUUUUGUUCAUGUUAAUAAUGAUCUGUAUCCGUUAUUUACAUUCAGACAAUUGAAAAUGUAAAAAGAAGAUGUAAAAUGUAUUCGAAUGAUAUAGGAAAUUACGUAGAGAUUAUGUUCUAGAUGAGAACUCUAAAAAUGAAGGAACAACGUUUGUUAUCUAAAUGUUCUUAUGUUAGAGUUGGGUUAUUAUCAACAAAACAGGACGUGUUAAUUUUGAAUUCAUUAAUUAUCAUGAUACUACCGAUAAUGCAUACUUACGUUCUGGCAAAUAAUAAAUUUGUUAGGAACUGCUAGUCAAAUGCACAGACAUUUUUGUUCGAAUUAGUGUAUAUCAAAUAUUUGUCAAUCUACGACUAACAAUAUGUUAAGAGAUAAAGUGCAGUUGAUUUAUAUUUUUAAAUUAUAAUACUUAUACGUAUUGAAUUUUAUUUAAUUUUUAUUGAUAACAAGUAUGUAUAUUAAUUCGUUUUUUCAUAUUGACUUGUUAUUUUCAUAUUUGGCAAAUUUAUCUCAUUUCGAUGAUGAUAAAUUGAUAGUUGUAAAUAACUUCUGUUCCUAAGUAUUAUUUUACCACAGUUGUAUGUUACCAUGCUCAUUUAAAUCAACAGUCUCUAAAGGAUGCAUAUUUAAUAUCUAGAGACGUAUAUACAUGCAUAUAUUUGUGUACGCCUUGUUUUUGCAGGUCAAUUUUUUACAUUGACUGUUUGUAAAAAGGUUAUCUCAUUACUCACUUCAAAUUGAGAAAUUGUAAAAUACAACUUUGUUAUAGAAAAUUAUACGUAAAUUCAUUAUGACAGUUACUAGCAGCUGUUGCUAUUAGCCGUUACUGACAUGCAGAAACAUGGCAAAUAUCCUUAUAAACAAUUAUUGACGAUUCACUAUUGACGUUAAACGUGUUGACACUGCGAAAAGUAAUUGCGUUUGUUAAUAUUUUAUAAUAUAUUUCUUUAAAUGUUAAUACAUUUCAUUUGUAUUUUUACAAA